AUGGCCGCUAAGUCGGAUGGAGCAGCGGUGUCUGUGGAAGAUGACAACACGCCCAGGAGCCUCUCGGAGCCGGGGAUCCCCGCUGCCCGGCCCCGGUGCAGCGCCGCCGGUGGGAAGCCGUACACUCUGCUGGACUGCUGCUGGGUCCUCUGCGCCCUGCUGGUCUUCUUCUCCGACGGCGCGACCGACCUGUGGCUGGCCGCAGACUACUACCUGAGAGGGGACUACUGGUGGUUCGGCUUGACGCUCGUCUUCGUCGUGGUGCCCUCCGCUGUGGUCCAGGUUUUGAGUUUCAGGUGGUUCGUGUACGACUACACGGAACUGAGCGGCGGGGACGGAUCAGCGAGCGGCAGCGGGACGGACGCGGCGGCGGCAGGCGCGGCAGGCGCGGCAGCCACGCUCGAUGACAACAGUUUAAGCACCAAGGACAGCGACCAGCGCGGUGGGAGCGCGGCGGCGGGGAACGCUGCGAAUGCAACCCCGGUUUACACGUCCUCUACCCCGCCUGCGACGUCUGGGAGAGUCGCUACCCCACGGAGGUGCUGCACCAUCUGCAUGUGGGUCUUUCAAUCCGUGCUUCACGUCCUGCAGCUGGGGCAAGUGUGGAGGUACAUCCACGCCCUCUACCUGGGCGCCCAGAGCCGCUGGCACGGCAACGGGACCCGCCGCCACUUUCAUUGGCGGCUGAUGUUCGAGAGCGCUGACAUCACCAUGCUCCGCCUCCUGGAAGCUUUCCUGAAGUCUGCGCCGCAGCUCGUCCUCCAGCUGAGCAUCAUGAUCCACGGAAACACCGUCCUCCCUCUGCAGGGCCUCUCAGCCUCCGCCUCCCUCGUGUCUCUGGCUUGGAUGAUCGCUUCCUACCAGAAGGUUCUCCGGGACUCCCGUGACGACAAGCUGCCCAUGUCCUACAAGGCUGUGAUCACCCAGAUGUUGUGGCACUUCUUCACGAUCGGGGCGAGGACCGUGGCCUUCGCCCUUUUUGCCUCCGUCUUCCAGCUCUACUUCGGCAUCUUCAUCGUCAGCCACUGGUGUGUCAUGACCUUCUGGAUCAUCCAAGGUGAGACCGACUUCUGCAUGUCCAAGUGGGAGGAGAUCAUCUACAACAUGGUGGUCGGCAUCAUCUACAUCUUCUGCUGGUUCAACGUAAAAGAAGGCCCCAGCCGUUUUCGAAUGACCGUCUACUACUCUGUGACCCUGGCUGAGAAUGUGGCGCUGACCGCCGCCUGGUACACAUACCGCGGCCCGCACACCUCCGACUCCUACGCCCUGGUGGUGGUGUGCCUGGUGGCCUGCAGCUUCGCCCUGGGAACCUUCUUCAUGUUGGUGUACUACUGCUGGCUGCACCCAGACGGGCCUGUUCUGGGCUCGCAGUGGGGAGGGUGUGUGGACGAGGGCUUGGUGGGUGCCGGAGGGGUAGCGGGAGUCAUUGAUGCUUGCCUCACCCCUUCUCAAGGAUCCCAAACAGACAUGGUCAUUACCAGCCCUCCAAGGACUCUCCCCAGGACUAAAGACACAGGGGAGUCGGUCCCUGGGGAGCGAGACAAAGACAGAGACAGGGACAGUUGCCUACCUAUCUUCCAGGUACGUCCCUCCCCUUCGUCGUCUCCUGCGCUCCUUCACAGGACCUCCUCUUCAUCCCGCUCACAGGAGGGCCCUGUGAUACGGAUCGACCUCCCUAGAAAGCGAUAUCCAGCUUGGGAUGCUCACUUUAUCGAUCGACGCCUGCGCAAAACCAUUCUGCUGCUGGAGACCACAUCAGCUGUCAGCCCCAGGAUACAGUACCGGAGUAGCAUGAUGGGCAGCAAAGAGGUAUUAGAGUAUGAGACAACUGUCUAAGCCAGCA